AGGUCAUUGAGAAGGGGUCUGCAGUGCAUUGCGUCUCUGCUUACGAAGGUGAUGUGCUGAUACUUGGAAGUGAUGGGGUAUUUGACAAUCUGUUCCUGGAUGAGAUAGUGGAGAUUUGCAACGAGAUCCUUCCAGCUCCGACGGCAAACCAUUUCUCUCCCAUGCCUGCGCAGUACUUGAUGAAGGCUGCGCAGCGCAUCGUCAAGGAGUCGCACGCAAAGUCGGAUUGUGUGAACGGGCAGUUUUUAGACACACCUAUUGGCAAAGGUGGAAAGGUCGAUGACACAUCUGUGGUUGUUGGGGAGAUCAUAGAAUGGACAGAAGCGCACACUCAGAUUUGGUCAGAGGUGCGAAGAAAUCGAAGGUGGAAAGAUGUUAUUUCAUGUGGUGGCAUGCAGUGUGGGAUGGCUACAAGACAUAGUUGUUCCUGCGAGGGCGAUGAAGACGAAAAGAGCCGCUUUCGAGGUCGAAGUGAGGAUGCCAGCGAGGAGUCAUCUGAUGAAGAGGAAGGAAAUUGUUCCAUUGCCUGAGAGGCUGCCUUCAUGCAGUGCUGCAUGCAAGCUUGCAUGCUGAUUUGCGACAUCUUACAGCUUCUCAAAACAGUCAAAUAUCGCCAAAAUGCAUAAAAUGAGUGCAAGAGAAGGCAGCAAAGGUCUUGACGGAAGUCCUUUGUUGACCAGGAAUUGCCAGAGUUCUAGAGGAGGAGGAUCAGGUUUCAUGACAGCACACAUGAGAUUGACAGAACAAUUAAGAAUUCGCCACAACAUGCAGCUCAAUCAUCAGCAUCUUUUGGAA